GGAAGCCACUUUUCUACCUUUCCUCGAAAACUGCCAUUGCUUUUAGGAUUUACUGUCAAAUUACCUUGCUGCUGUUUUCUGGUACCCAGUUUUAUGUUUCAACACUUACCCAUUACCCACUGCCUACAUAUACUCUUUGCCAAUCUAACCUUCACCUCAAGCUGAUAUUUCAUCUGGUUUGUGAGGUGUAGAGCAAAUUCUUCUGAGAUUUUCAUUGAUCUUAUUGGAAUCAGAUGGGUAGCUGCAUGUCUUCUGGUUGCAGUAGGGAUCAUGGAAAGCCUCUAAAUUCAUUGACAGCAAAGCUGAUAUUGAUGGAUGGGAGCAUCAAGGAGUUCUCUGAGCCUGUGAAAUGCAGUGAGAUAGUGAGCAAAUACUCAGGCCAUUUCAUCUGUGGCUCAGGUGGUCUCUACACAGGCCAACAUAUUACAGAGGUUCUGCAUGAGGACAAUGAGUUGCAGCUUGGGGAGCUCUAUUUUCUUCUUCCCAAUAUAAAGCUGGAAUUUGUGCUAACUGAUUCUGAUAUGGCAGCUAUGCUUCUCAAGGCCAAUGGUGCCACUGAGCAGAGGAGGAAAUCUAAUGGUAAAGUUCAGCCCCUGUUUGAUAUUCAUUUACAAGAUGCAGGAGAUACCCCUUCCUCUGUUUGUUGCUUGGCAAACCCUGUUUCAACAGGGGCAAUGGGUCGCAGGAAACAGAAGUUGGAGACUAUUUUUGAGUGUUCAUAGUAACAGAUAUACACACUGUAAAUUUAUACUUGUUCAUUUAGCUGUGCUUCUUUAGAAGAAAAAGUACAGCUGAAAUGCAAAUGUAGCAUUAGAUGUAAUCCCUGUAUUAUAUUUAGGGUUUGCAGACAAGGGUUUUGGUAUCUAUUCUUUCUCUCCAAUGUUAUAUACAAAUGGGAAACUUCUAUUAUUCA